AUGGUAGACAUUGUAGCCCGCGAGCUUCCCACGUACAACUACGAGGAGAAUACAACUACUGAGAAGAGCUCUUCGGCAGGCAGUCUGGACAAGAACGUGGUCGACAUCGACAUCUCUGGCGCGCAGAAGUCCAAGCAGGUCGAAGAAUUCGAGGAGAGAAUUGCCAACGACGAGGCGACAGAUAACGAAUAUCGCGUUGAAGAAGCUUAUGAGGUUGCGUUGAAGGUUCUGUCUAUCAGGGACGAUCCUGAACUUCAGUCUAUCACUUUCCGCAGCAUCUUCCUUGGUCUUGGCUUCUCUGCUUUCGGGGCAGUACUGGCACAGAUCUAUUACUUUAAACCGCAGACCCUGAAUGUCUCAAUAUUGCUACUGCUUAUCCUGUCGUUUUGGAUCGGUAAUGCCAUGCACUUAUUCCUCCCUUCAAGAGGGGUUUUCAGGUUCAUCAACCCGGGUCCAUUCAACAUCAAGGAACACGUCGCGAUCAUCAUCAUGUCUUCUACUGCCGCUACUUCGGCUGUGGCUAUACAAGUGAUCUCAGUCCAGGAGCUGUAUUACAACAACAAGAUGAACCCUGGCAUUGCAAUCUUCACUUUGAUAGGAUCGCAGCUGAUAGGCUACGGUUACGCCGGUUUGUUGCAAGAUGCGCUCGUCCGACCGACGAAAUGUUUCUGGCCAACUACCAUAUAUACGGCCAACCUUUUCCAGGCCUUGCACUAUGACAAACAGAUGACGUCCAAGCGAGUACGCCUCUUCUGGAUGGUAUUCGCAGCGAUGUUCUUGUGGGAGAUUGUCCCUCAAUGGAUCUUCCCACUUCUCACGGGAUUCUCUAUCUUCUGUCUGGCUGAUAACAGUAGCUCGGUAUUCAGAAAUGUCUUCGGUGGCGCGAGCAACAAUGAAGGCAUGGGAUUGCUCGCACUCUGCUUAGACUGGAACUUGAUCACGAGUAGUUGCCUGUGGAGCCCGCUCUGGCUCCAGCUCAACCAGGACAUUGGCAUCAUCUUGACAUACGUCCUCAUGUGCGCUGUUUACUACGGCAACUUGUGGAACGCACAGAAUUUCCCCUUCAUGAGUCAGGCAAUCUUUGCGGAAGAUGGAACUCAAUACAAUCAGACUGCGCUAUUGACCGACGGAAAGUUUGAUCCUGCGAAGUAUGCGGAACUCGGUCCUGCAUUCUUUUCUGCAACGAAUGCCUUGUAUCUCAUUACAUCGAACCUUUCGUUGGGUGCUGUUGUGUCUCAUGUCUUCUUGUUCAACUGGGGAGACAUAAAGCCUUUCAUUUUGAGCCUGAAUCCCUGGUACAAGAACAUUGACACUUCUUUUAAUCCUCAUUACGAGAAAAUGUCAAUCUACAAACAGAUUCCACGGUGGUGGUACAUCGUCAUCUUGUUGGGGGCAUAUGGCAUCGCUCAAGCUACCGAUUAUACUGGCCAUUCAGGCCUUCCAUGGUGGGCUGUUACAGUGCUAUUGAUAAUCGGCUUCAUUUUUUGUGCGUUGUAUGCUACAUUGUGUGCGACGAUUGGUUUCCAGCAGUUCAACACAUCGGGUAACGGUUUCUUCCAGAUGAUUACCGCAUAUCUGGUCCCUGGUCGUCCUGUAGCCAAUAUGUAUGGCGCGCUUUAUGGACAACAUCCGAUGCAACAGGGUAUCGCCUUUCUGUCGGAUCUGAAGCUUGGUCAAUAUGUCAAACUUCCACCGCGGGUGACCUUCUGCGUGCAAAUGAUGGGAACUGUUAUUGGAGCGCUUCUCAACUAUGUUAUGAUGCUAUCAAUCAUCAACGCCAACAGACCUGCUUUGCUCUCCAUUUCUGGAACUCGUCUUUGGUCUGGACAAAAUGCGCAGGCCUACAACUCUAAUGCUAUCUCUUGGGGUGCUCUCGGUCCCGAGAUGUUCGGCGCGCAUUCCACCUACAAGAUGGUCCCGAUCUCGUUGGCCAUCGGCUUCAUUUGCCCUUUCCCCAUCUACCUUGCCUGCCGCCUGUGGCCCAAGGCCGGAUUUGAGAACCUCAAUGCAUCUAUCAUUCUGCAGUACAUCUCCAGCCUGAGCGUUGGCGUCAACACUCAAAUCAAUACCUUUAUGGCCAUCGGUAUCUUCUCGCAGUGGUGGAUGCGGACCCGGUACCCGCGUUGGUUCACCAAGUACAACUACAUCGUGGCAGCUGGGUUGGAUGGUGGAACUCAAGUCAUUGUAUUCAUCCUGAACUUCGCGAUAUUCGGCGCCGCAGGUAAUGCUCACACCUUCCCUCAGUGGUGGGGCAAUACCAACCAAGUCAGUCUGUCCGCUGAUCGGUGCGCAUUACCCCCUUCGUGA